CUUCCAAACCCAUUAAGAUUCCUUCUUUGAUGGUUCAGAAUGAUGUUUUGGAUUCUCAUUCGAAUCAACUUUUAUCAAAGGCUUUGGUUAGGUUUAAAUCAUCUGAUCAACUUUGUCAACUUCUUUCAAUUGAUCCUGCUAAACUGCCUCUUCGAUGGCCUUCAUUAUCUGAAAAUGAUCAAUCUAAUUCAUCAAAAUCAAAUUGGUUAUCGAAAUAUCGAACUCAACGAAAGCUUCUUCGACCUUCUCAUGAAUCAGUCAAAGCUCAUACAGAUGCAUGGAUGCUUGCCUCUGAAUCUGGUGUGAUCAAACCGAUCUCAUUGGUUGUGAAAGGAAAAUCGGCUAAGAAAGGUUCUGGAGAAGAAGAAGAAGAAGAAUCCAAAGAUGAAAUGAAAGUAGAUGAAGAUGAUGGAGAAGGAGAAUGGAUUACAGUCACAAGAGGAGGACAACAUGGUAGAUCAUCAACUAUACCCACUCAACCACAAGAUUCAAAAGGAGCCGAUCCGUAUGCUCAAAGCUCAAUGGCGGGUAGAGAUUCAUCUGCAGGUGUUAAAGUCAUGAAAAGAGGGUUCUUAGAAGCUUUUGAUAAAGAUGAACUCGAAAGUCAAAACAAUCCAAAACGAAAAGGUGGUGAAUUGAAUACUGGGUUUUAUAGAAGUAAUGUGAAUGAAAAUAAAAAAAAUAAAAUGUUUGAACUUAGGAAGAAAUUUGAUGAAGAUAAAGCUAGAGUUGAAAGAAUGAGAAAUUCUAGAAAAUUUAAACCUUAUUGA